AUGUCUUCAACGAAUAGUUUCAAUUGUCUCUUUAUUAAACGACUCGCUAAUCUUUUUCGUGUUUUUCUGUCAUUAUCUCGUCUUUCAUUAAAUGGUCAUCAUCAUUAUCGUGAACAAUGGUAUUUCCAUCCAUUAAUUCUUCUCUUACUCAUACUUAUCAAUGAAGGUACUUUACAAUUUAUUAUUUAUCUUGUUGGUUUACUUCCAUCAGCAUUUUAUGCUGAAUUACGCAAACCACCGAAUCAACGUGAUCAUCCAGGAUUCCGUUGGUUGGUUCUUCGUUCAUUUGUAUUUGUCAUAUUGAAUGCAUUGCUUAAAUCAUCAUCAAUUUUUUUCUCUUCAGUACUCUACGUCAAAUGGCGUAUGAGACUUGUUUCAUAUUUACAUUCAUUCUAUUUUACACAACAACGUUAUUACCAUUUAUUAAAUACAGCACAACAGAAUCAAACACGAGAGAACGAUUCUCAAAGUCAUUCAAUACAAAUUAAGGAUAUCGGUGAUCAUCAAAAACAAUCGGUUGACUAUGUAUCUACCGCUACUUUAAGUCCAUUGGUCACCAGUAAACUAUUGAUUGACAAUCCUGACCAACGUAUAGCUCAAGAUGUAGAUUCUUUAUGUCGAUCAUUAUCCUCAAUCAUUCCAUUACUUGUUAUUUCACCAUUUACUAUUGCUUAUUAUACGUAUUCUACUUGGAAAAUAACGGGUUACUAUGGUCCAUUAGCGGUUUUUCUCUAUUUUCUUCUUUGGACUCCAAUCAAUAAAAUCUUGAUCUCCUUUGUUUCUCGAACAAUAUUUCAACAGAAUAUUUCCGAAGGUAAUUUUCGUUUUCUUCACGCACAAAUUCGAACACAUAAUGAAACUAUCGCAUUUUAUCAUGGUGAUGCAUUUGAACAUAAACGAUUUGAUAAUUAUUUUCUUAAAACACUAGUUCCAUUACUUUACCGUCGAACAUGGCAAGAAUUUCUUUUAAGUUUAUCGACUAAUUUAUACGAUUAUAUUGGAAGUAUUAUAAGUUAUUUAUUAUUAGCACUAGCAAUCUAUGUCUUUCAUUUCUACGAUCAUGUAUCAACGGAUGAUCUCGUUGCAAUUAUUAGUCAAACGUCAUUUAUUACAGGAUAUCUCAUUUAUCGUUUUAAUCUAUUGAAUGAUUUAACAGAUAAAUUAACCGUUAUUGCGGCUAAUACACAUCGUGUGCAAACAUUUGUUGAAUACAUGAAAAAUAUCGAUACAAAUUGGCCAAAAAGACAAAGAAAUGAAAGUGAUAGUGGUGUUGGUAAAACUUCACUUUUUCGUGUUCUUCACUCAUUAUGGCCGGCGAAUAUUCAUGGAUCUUUUUCAUACCAUCCUGCUAAUGCUUAUCUAUUGCCUCAACGUCCUUAUUUUACGAAUCUAUCAUUAUAUGAUGAACUAUCCUAUCCUGAUGUAGACACCUCGCCUAGUGAUGAACGUCAACAACAAAUCGUACAUAUUCUUGAUGAAUGGAAUCUUACACAUAUUCUCGACUGUGUCGAAUCGAAUUUAUUCCUGUGUCCAAAAUAUGCUUGGCAAGAUUUGUUAUCACCUGGUGAAUUACAACGUUUGUCAUUUAUUCGUCUUUUACUUCGUCUUUCUCCACUGAAUGAUUCAAGAUCUUCGAGAUUAAAUCUGGUUUUUCUUGAUGAAAUUACUUCAUCAUUGGAUGUGAAUACGGAAAUGAAAAUGUAUAAUUAUUUAGUUAAAAAAAAUCUUACUUUAAUCAGUAUUGGUCAUCGAGAUACUUUACGACAAUAUCAUCAAUAUGAAUUGAAAUUGUACAGAAAUGGAGAAUAUAUUUUAGGAAAUAUCCAAUCAUAA